AUGAUGGGCAAGGUCAUCUUCUACGAGGACAGGAACUUCAUGGGCCGCUCUUAUGAGUGCAGCGGCGAUUGUUCCGAUAUGUCCUCCUACAUGAGCCGCUGCCACUCUUGUAGGGUGGAGAGCGGUUGUUGGAUGGUGUAUGACCGCCCCAACUACAUGGGUAACCAGUACUUCAUGAGAAGGGGCGAGUACGCUGAUUACAUGAGCAUGUGGGGAUUCAACAACUGGAUCAGGUCUUGCCGCAUGAUCCCUAUGCACAGAGGAUCCUACAGAAUGAGGAUCUAUGAGAGGGAGAACUUCAUGGGCCAGAUGUACGAGAUGAGUGAUGACUGUGAGUCCUUCAUGGACCGUUACCAGUGGUCCAGCGGCUGCAUGUCCUGCCACGUGAUGGACGGCCAUUGGCUCAUGUACGAGCAGCCCAACUACAGAGGCAAGAUGUGGUACUUCAGGCCUGGAGAGUACAGGAGCUUCAGGGAGAUGAUGAGCGGCAUGAGUGGCAUGGGAUUCAUGAGCAUGAGGCGCAUCAUGGAUUCCUGGUAUUAA